CUCCCCCACACACACCCCAGCAGCCAGACCCACUGUGGCGGCAGUGUUCAGCAGGGUGGGGACUCGGGAGGCUGGGGCACAAAGGGUUCUUAGGAAGGACUCGGAAUGGAGCAUCAUCUGUCCAGGACCGCCCCUGCCCGGGCUGCCACCCAUCCAUCCAGAAUGCCCCUCCCCCAGGUCCCCUGGGCCACACUUGUCCUCAAGCCCUGUGUCCUUACCCACUUUCCCUCCCUCACAGCCAGCCCCCUAUUCCUCUCACACCCCGUGCUCUUUCCCACCUUGACUGGCCUCUUCUGUUCUCCAGUUGAAAUGUCACUCUUUAGACUGGGAGCCUUCCUGGUGACAUUCCCCUGCCCCCAGAACUCUCUCCUUCAGGGAGCUUAUGACCAUGUGAACUUGUCAUGUUCCCCUGCUAACAGGUUUUCUGUGUGAACACCGGGAGGGAAGGGACGUGUGCCGUCUUCUUCCCUGGCGUCCUCGGGAUCUAAGCCCCUGUGGAGUGGAUGAAUGGAGUGUGUGUGACUGAGCGUGUCCUUGAAUAAGCCACUGCAGUGUGAUUUUGAGCCAGUCACCUACCUCUCUGGGCCUCGCCUUCCUCCACCCCGCCCCCACUGCUCCAGCUGUGGGGAAUUGGGCAAAUAAUGUCUUGCCCCCUGAAAUUGGGAGGCGUGAUCCAGCUCACCUCCAAGCCUGAGCUGCCCCCUCUCCCUCCUGUGCACACGCACCCCAGCUUGUGUCCCAGGCUUCCCUCCCUCUUCAGCCACCCACACAGCACCUCCUCCCAGCCCCGCCCCUCCCAGGUGUCUGCAUCAGAGCAGCCAGCUCCCAGGGCACCUGAGACUCCAGGCAGCACACCAUGGGGGGUCUAAGGCCCUGGGCCCGAUAUGGGCUACUGGUUGUGGCCCACCUGCUGGCCCUGGGGCUUGGGGCUGCCAUGCUCCAGGUCCUGGAGGGGCCGCCGGCACUCCGCCUCCAGGCCAAGCUCAGGGCGGAGAGGGCCACUUUCCAGGCAGAGUACGGGGCCUGCCUGCCACCUGGGGCACUGGAGGAGCUGCUGAGCACCGCCCUGGCAGCCCAGGCCCAUGGGGUCUCCAGCCUGGGCAAUGGCUCAGAGACCCGGAACUGGGAUCUGCCCUCGGCCCUGCUCUUCACUGCCAGCAUCCUCACCACCACGGGUUAUGGCCACAUGGCCCCACUAUCGGCAGGCGGAAAGGCCUUCUGUGUGGUCUACGCAGCCCUGGGGCUGCCAGCCUCCCUAGCCCUUGUGGCCUCACUGCGCCACUGCCUGCUGCCUCUGCUCAGCCGCCCAGGGGCCUGGGUAGCCGUCCGCUGGCAGCUGGCGCCAGCCAGGGCUGCGCUGCUGCGGGCAGCUGCACUGGGCCUGCUAGUGGCUGGUACCUUUGUGCUGCUGCCAGCACUGGUGCUGUGGGGCCUGCAGGGCGACUGCAGCCUGCUGGAGGCCAUCUACUUCUGCUUCGGCUCGCUCAGCACCAUUGGCCUGGGGGACCUGCUGCCUGGCCGGGGCCAUGGUCUGCAUCCACUGCUUUACCACCUCUGCCAGCUCGCACUUCUCGGUUACUUGCUCCUGGGGCUCCUGGCCAUGCUGCUGGCCGUGGAGACAUUUGCGGAGCUGCCACAGGUCCGUGCCAUGGUGAAGUUCUUUGGAUCCAGUGGCCCUUUGACCGCUGAGGACCAAGGUGGCAUCCUAGACCAGGAUGAACUGGCUCUGAGCACCCUGCCACCCCCAGCUGCACCCUCAGAACAGGCCCCAGCUUGCUGACAGGUGUCAGGUGAUAGAGAUGAGCUCCUUUCAGGUGGAGCAGCCUGAGGAGGAAGCUGAGUGGUUGGGAAAGCUUCUGCGGAGGGGAGGGGAGGGGUGGAU